GAAGUGGGAGCUCGGGAGAAGCGGAAAUUGCAGCAGCAGCAGCCGCCGCCAGCCCGGGAAGCACCGGCGGGGAGCCAGCGCCGAGGAGGAGGAGGCGGCGGCAGAGGCAGAAUGUGGAAGGCUACUGCAGGCCACACCGUGACUGUCAGCCAGGAUGAUGGAGCUGAUGACUGGGAGACAGAUCCAGACUUUGUGAACGAUGUGAGUGAGAAGGAGCAGCGCUGGGGAGCCAAAACCGUCAAUGGGUCCGGCCACCAGGAGCACAUCAAUAUUCAUCAGCUGAGGGAGAAUGUAUUCCAAGAGCACCAGAACCUCAAAGAGAGGGAGCUGCAAACAGGACCAAAAGCCUCCCAUGGCUACGGGGGGAAGUUUGGCGUGGAACAGGAUCGCAUGGAUAAAUCAGCUGUUGGACAUGAAUACCAAUCCAAACUCUCUAAGCAUUGCUCCCAAGUGGAUUCAGUGAAAGGGUUUGGUGGCAAGUUUGGAGUACAAACCGACAGAGUUGAUCAGUCAGCUGUUGGGUUUGAAUAUCAGGGCAAAACUGAGAAGCAUCCCUCCCAAAAAGAUUAUUCCAAGGGCUUUGGAGGUAAAUACGGUGUUGACAAGGACAAAGUGGAUAAAAGUGCUGUUGGCUUUGAAUAUCAAGGCAAAACGGAAAAACAUGAAUCACAGAAAGAUUAUGUAAAGGGCUUUGGAGGCAAGUUUGGCGUGCAGACAGACAGACAAGACAAGUGUGCCCUUGGCUGGGACCACCAGGAGAAGGUGCAGCUGCACGAGUCCCAGAAAGAUUAUUCCAAAGGAUUUGGAGGCAAGUAUGGUGUCCAGAAGGAUCGGAUGGACAAGAAUGCAGCAACUUUCGAAGAUAUAGAGAAACCAUCAUCAACUUAUCAGAAGACCAAGCCAGUAGAAGCUGUUGCCAAUAAAACAAGCAGCAUCCGAGCUAACUUUGAGAACCUGGCCAAGGAGAAGGAGCAGGAGGACCGAAGGAAGGCAGAGGCUGAGAGAGCCCAGAGAAUGGCCAGGGAGAAGCAGGAGCAGGAGGAGGCUCGGAGGAAACUGGAGGAGCAAGCCAAAGCCAAGAAGCAGACCCCACCACCCUCUCCUGUGGUGCAGGUGGCAGAGCAGAAGGCGCCCUCCAGCCCGGUCUAUGAGGAUGCAGUUUCCUACGAGGCAGGGUCAGCCUACAAGAGCUCCAGCCCCUCCUACCCUGCUGCCCAGGAGCCAGAGGCUGGCUACAAAGCGGCGCAGCCCGAAUACCAGGAGGCAGUGAGCCAGAGGGAGGCCGAGUACGAGCCUGAGACCGUCUAUGAGGUGGCAGGAGCUGCAGACCACUACCAAGCAGAAGAAAACACGUAUGAUGAGUAUGAAAAUGAACUUGGGAUCACAGCCAUAGCCCUUUAUGAUUACCAAGCUGCGGGUGACGACGAGAUCUCCUUCGACCCCGACGACAUCAUCACCAACAUCGAGAUGAUCGACGACGGCUGGUGGCGCGGGGUCUGCAAGGGCCGCUACGGCCUCUUCCCCGCCAACUACGUGGAGCUCCGGCAGUAGGCACCCCUGCUGCUGCUCCUGCCUUAAUUCCCCAGCCCACACACCACUGCUCACACUACGGACACCACGAGGCUUUCCCGAGGAUGGAGGGGGUAUAUGCAUAUGGCUUUUAUAUUUAAUACUUUGCUGAUGCUUUUUAAAACACUUAGGCCACAGAAAUCGCUAAUAUAUUGUAACUGCUCUGUCUUUCACCGAGGCUCUUGGGAUUUAUUUUCAUCUGGGAACGUUUCUUCUCUGCCAAAUUAGCCAAGCCUUUUGGAGGACAGGUAGCUGUCUGCUGUAAUAUUGCAUGUUUUACUCCUAAGUGAGCAGAUUUAGUCAAGUGUUCGAGUCUAGUUAGUCUUCCACGAAGCGUUUGCAGCUGAGAAGGUCAUGGCUAUGCAGGCUGUUUGCAUUUCCACCAAGUGGAGAGGACUGGGGAGGUGCAGAGUUGGUGAUUUUCUUUUUUUCCUUUUUUUCCUUUUCUUUUUUUUCCUUUUCUUUUUUUCUUUCCUUUUUUUGUUUUCUUUUCCAGAUAGUGCUUGAAAAAAAUGAAGAAAAUGUUUUACAAUUGCAGUUAAUCAAAUACUGCCCAAUAUUUAUGGAAUAUUAAUGUUAUGAAGGAAACAGUCUGGUACUUUUUCCUUCUCCUUUAAAGUGGAGUUUCUUUGGCUCUUAAAUUAAUUUUUUUUCUUCUUUUUUAAUUAUUUUUUCUUGGUCCUGCUCCUCCUGUUCAUGUUAUCCCAGAGGAGGGCUGCAAACUCUCUAGCACUGAUUGUCCCGAAUUCCUUCACCCUUUUGUUUUUGCUUCACCCUCCUCUUUUCCCAGAGGGAAAACUUGGAAAAGUUACUGUGCAAGUGUUAAGUCACCCAAAGAGAUUCCUGCUUGUUCAGAAGGAAACUGGCAUCCAGAUCUGCAGGAAUAUUCCCAUUGCUUUAAAUGGGAGGAAAAGGCAGGAGGGGUGGGAUUGCAGUUGUGUUCUGUGUGCAGUGCAUCCCUGCUCACACAAGGAAGGAAGGAAGGGCCUGCUGUGCAGUAGUGACAUUUUAUGGAACCAUUUUCAAGUCAAGGAAUGUUAAUGAUUGAAUUUGAGACCCAUGUAAAUGAUCCCCAUUUUUAAACCAGACAAGAGACUUUUUUUUUUUCUAUGUUCAAGAGAAACUGCCAGUACUGUUCUACUAAACAACACAAUUAAACCUUGGUUUGGUUUUUGGUUUUUUUUUUUUUUGCCAAAACUGAAAUUCCUGUCACUGUAGAAAGCUGACCACUGCAGAUUUAGGGUCCCUACCAAAGAUAGCAAGUUGCAUCCAAUAGUGCACAUGUUCAGUGUCUGUACUGUCUGUUUCCACCUUCUGAUCAAAAGGAAAAUGUCAAAUCUGGUGUAGAAGCCAAGAGAGAAGGCAAAGACUUCUUAUCAGAUCUCAGUUUGGACCAAUGGAAUAUGGAAGGCCUGUACAAAAUGGUGAAUUGUACAGAGUGUCAAGGGAGAAGGCAUCGUGUUGAACCAGUUCUUGGAUGGUUGGGACAAUCCUUCAUGAAUGUCACAUGUGUGUCAUUAUUACUACUAUUUUUUUCUCCUUUCCAUGGUCUCAUAUCUGUGUUGUAUUUGCAUUACUAGGGUUGGGUUUUAUAUGCAGUUUAUUUUAUCCAAUUUUAGAACACCUCAUAGGGAUAUGAUUUUUGUAAAUUAAAUAUUCAAUAAACUUUUUGAACCAUU